UCUCCACCACCCACCACCAUCUACACCACCACCAACGCCACCAAACCCCAGCCGAAAUGAGACUUGCCGUCAUCCGAACCAUACUCUUCCUCUCCCUACUCCUUCUGCUUCUACCACCAAACGAUGGCCAAGCCGAUCCCCCCGACGGCAUCCAGUGCGCUGCCGACCGCGGCAUCUACCCGUGCCAGGCCUACGCUCUGUACCGAGCUGACGCCACCUCUCUCUCCCAGCUCGACCUCGCAUCCGCUGGCGACCUCUUUGACAUGAGCCGACUCUCGAUCGCCCGGACCAGCAACCUCACCACCACCGCUGUGUUGCAGCAGAACCAGCCCUUGUUGAUCCCCUUGACCUGCUCCUGCACCAACUACAGUCGCGCUUACGCGCCCGUUCCCUACCAAAUCAACUCCGGCGACACCUUCUACUUGGUGUCCACCAAAAAGUUCGAGAACCUCACGUUGUGGCCCGCCGUCGUGCUGGUGAAUCCGACGCUCGUCGCAACUAACCUCACCAUCGGCGUCAUCGCCACUUUCCCCAUCUCCUGCCAGUGCCUCAACAGCACCACCGCGAACAGCAUCGCCAUCAAUGGCAGGAUGCCUCUCGGCCUCGUUACGUACGUGCUUCAGCUUUCCGAUACCUACUCCUCCGUCGCCGCGAGCUUUGGCACCGACGUUCAGACGCUAAUUAACCUGAACGGCAACCAGAGUGCAUUCUCCACCAUCUUUGUUCCCCUGUACGAGAUCCCACCGCCGCUGCUGCUAUCGAACGCGUCAAUCGCCACCCCGCCUUCCCCUGCACCCACGGCUGAGUCUCCUUCUGUGGUUGUGAAGAAGAGAAACGGAGUGAUUGCAGGACUAGCAAUCGGUCUGGGUGUUGUGGGAGCUCUUUGGGUGCUGCAGAUGAUGCUGUUAGCGUGGCUAUGGAGGCGGUUCGUGUCCAAAGGUAGGUGGGGAGUGGGCGAGGAACGUGGAAAAAGUUCUGCGGAUGGAUUGAUGACGUACAGCAGGGGCGGGGAAGUUGCAUCUAACGAUGACAAGCUGAUCAACGAUAUCUCAGAGUGGUUGGAUAAGUACAAGGUGUAUAAGGUGGAGGAGCUGAUGCAAGCCACUGAUGAUUUCGGGCAGAGCAACCAUAUCAAGGGAGCGGUGUACAAGGGGAUCAUAGAUGGCGAGGUGUUCGCCGUCAAAAAGAUGAAGUGGAAUGCCCGCGAGGAGCUCAAAAUACUGCAGAAGGUGAACCACUCCAAUCUGGUGAAGCUGGAAGGCUUCUGCAUCGACAACGAUGCCGGCACCUGCUAUCUGAUCUACGAGUUCGUGGAGAACGGCUCGCUGGAUUUCUGGCUCCAUGACCCGGCCGCCCCCUACAAGCUCGACUGGCGAACCCGGCUGAGGAUCGCGCUGGACCUGGCCAAUGGCCUCCAGUACAUCCACCAGCACACCUGGCCCCGCGUCGUCCACAAGGACAUCAAGACCAGCAACGUGCUCUUGGAUGCCCAGAUGCGCGCCAAGGUGGCCAACUUUGGGCUGGCCAAGACCGGGUGCAACGCCGUCACCACCCACAUCGUGGGCACGCAGGGAUACAUCGCGCCGGAGUACCUGGCGGAUGGUGUCGUCACCGCCAAGAUGGACGUCUUCGCCUACGGAGUGGUGCUGCUGGAGCUUGUGUCCGGGAAGGAGGCGUCGAGCGAGCGGGGCGAGUCGCUAUGGGCAGAGGCGGAGGGACUGCUGUUCGAGAAGAGCGGCGGCGGCGGCAGCGAAGCAAGUAUCAUGGCGUGGAUGGACCCGGUGCUGGCGAAGCAGUCGUGCCCCAUGGAGAGCGUGGCGACCGUUAUGAACAUAGCCAGGGACUGCUUGCGCAGGGACCCGUCGAAGAGACCGACCAUGGUGGAGGUGGCGUACAACUUGUCCAAGGCCGACGAGCUCUUCUCCGAUUACUCUGCAGACACUCUCUCCAUUGAGAGCCCCGACAGUAUCUGAAGGUAAGCGGAGAGCUAUGGAAUAUAAAUACCGUACGCGGAUAUAUAAAAAGCUCUACAUACUAAUGCAUCAGAUUUGAUGAAUACAGGGAGAUACGGCCGGGCUAUGCCAUCUUGUACAAGUUUAGUUUAUUUUGGGGUUUUAAUAGUGCCUAUCACCGUGUAAGACCGGUAGAUUGCAGCAAAUUAAUAAAAGGGCAAUUGGUCCAAAAUAACAUCGAUCAA